AUGUCGUCCAGGGAAACGAGUAUCACGUUCCCACCAGGUUUCACCCCACUAGAGCGUAUACUCCUGACUGCCAAUGGUAAUGUACAGAGAAUAUUAAGCGCCUACUACAACGCCAAGAUUGUAGUGAAGAUCAUAAAGAACGAGAAGGUUUCCGCCCAAGCCAGCGUCUUUGAGCGCGAAGUUGACCUCUUGUUGCAGGACAAAGUAUGCUGCAAGGCAACGAGCGUUGUCACCAUUAGCGACGCAAAGUAUCAACGGAUGCUUGUAGAGGAGAACAUAGCCAUCGGACAACUGUUUCGAUAUCUGAACAUUUUGCCCGAGUAUGAGCUGAAGAACGUCGAGAGGAGAGAGAACGGCGGAUUUUGGAGGCAGUAUACAUUGAAGUCGCCUGGGAUUGUUUGCGACAUAUUGGAGGACUUUCCAGCGUCCGUUUUUGAACUAGAGCCCAACAGUUAG